AAAUUAUGUAGACUCUAGCCAACUUCCAAUUCAAGUUUGGAUCGUGUAUUUCACAGAAUAAGACUUAAGGCCGACAAAUAUUAAAGCAAGAUGGCAGAUUUCAAAUCCAUGAUGGCAUUAUUUGGUUUUUGCUUCAUCUAUAUGCUCUGCAUUACAGAAGCUCUAAAUGCUGAUGGUACGUGCAAUAGUGACAGCGAUUGUCCGUUCUCAUUUUACCACUGCUGUACCGGAACUAAAUGGUGUUGUCCUUCCGGGUAUAUAUGUACCGGAACAUCAACAUGUAUAGGAAUCGGAGUGAUCAUCGGUCCCAUCGUUGGCCUUGUGGUCAUUAUAGCCUGUGUUGUCGUCUGCUGCAUCUGUUACAAAAAGAAACAACAGACUCCUGGAGUUGUGUUCAAUCCGCAAGCGCAACCUGCAUACGGGCAGUCUAACCCGGCGUAUGGAUCUCCGCAACCACAGCCAUACAGCGUGCAACCGCCAAUGCCAACCAAAGCAUAAACAAUGAGUGGAUGUCUAGUGUUUAAAAUCGCAUUUUGAACUCAUUACUUUAAAUUUCUCAAAUAGUUAAGUUUUCACAUAUGUAAAAAUCGUUAAUGUUUGUACAUACAAAUGUUUUAAAACCUGAACAAGUAAUGCUUCAUGUUGAUUCAUUUUUUAUAUCUAUAAGCACAUAUUAUGUAUGUUUGAUUUUCAUGUGAAUAGUCCACCUAUUUUUACUGUUGUUUUUAUAUGAUUAUAGACAAACCUUAAAUGAUCAACAGAGUGUUAUUUAUUUGUCAUUUGUAUAUCCUUUAUAUAUCUAGCAUAGUACCUUUUCGUCGGUACAAAAUUCAGAUAGUGCUUUUGAAUACCUCAUCAACUAUAAUAAAAACAAGUAUUUUUUCUA